CUCAGGUGAUCCCGAUUGACCGGUCUUGUCUGGUCCUCUAGGUUGCACUCUAGUGAUAUGGCGAGCCUGGACUCCGCCUUCGCGAAGAGUUUUGCUAGGGAGACAUGGACCCUUUACGGUGUAGGAGUACUGGGUGCCGUGCUACGAUUCGCAGCACGAAUACGCCGCUUAGGCUACCAGAAUCUCCAAUCAGAUGAUUACCUGAUGUUAUUCUCUGUCGUCUGGUAUACUCUUCUAUGUGUCGCACUUAACGAAGUCGCCUCCAUAGGGGGUUCCAAUCUGAUGGAUGAGAGCGACAUAGAGAAGUUGACACCAGAGAUAAAGGCAGAUCGUAUACGAGGAAGCAAAUGGGUCUUCGUAUCAGAACAUUCCUUCCUUCUUGCGAUAUAUGGGAUGAAGGCAUGCAUGCUGGUGAUAUAUGCCCGUAUCACGGAAGGGUUGCGCCAACGGAAAUGGGUGACUUACCUUGCCGUAUAUGUUGCCUUGGGCUUUGUUGGCAAUGAGAUGUCUCUAUUCCUUAUUUGCCGGCCAUUAUCAAACUAUUGGGCCGUGCCAACACCAUACGAACAAUGCUCAACGUAUCAAUAUUAUGAAAUCAUUCAAGGCUGCCUGUCGAUAUCUGCAGAUGUCUUCAUGCUCCUCAUUGGGCUUCCACUCAUGGUCCAAGUACGAGUACCUCUGAAGCAGAAGUUGAUCCUCCUGAUUCUAUUUGGCAUGGGAAUCUUCGUCAUCGUCGCGGCCAUUCUGAACAAACUUUAUUGUCUCGUCCCCUCCCUCAUUUCCUAUGUUUACAUGAACUGGUACUUCCGGGAAGCAACGGUAGCUAUCUUGGUCACCAACCUGCCUCUCGUUUGGUCGCUUCUUCGCGAUGUGUUUCCUGCUCUCAAAAGUUGGACUGGGGGUUCACGAAAGGCAACUACAGAGCGGUAUCGAACUGGUCCCUGGACGAGUAAGGGAUCUGCACUCCGCAACUACGGCGCUCAUAGUCAGCUACAUUCUGGAGAAUACAGCAUGCACGCCUACAACCAAAGCACCGUUAUUACGCCACAAAAGACCAUCUCGGAUGCCAGUCUGGAGCCGAGCGACGAUCGCGAACCCAGCGAGGAUGGCUCCGAACGGGCCCUCAGAAUCCGCCAGGAUGUGACGGUUACGGUGGAGCGUGAGACGUGUCCAGCGAAGUGUUGGGAGAGCGGCAAGUCCCAAACUUUAGAAGGAGACCGUCACCCAGAACCAUGAAGGACACGACUGUUUCAUUGCUUUCGCUUCUCGGUCAUCUUAUUAUUUAUCGAUACCUACACAGGAUCUUUUUUCUUAUUUCCCUUUCUGAUCACACUCUUUAGAUCGCUCUCCAGUUUCCCUUUCUUUCACGGCACUUUCGUUUACGGGAUGAUCUGAUACGGAUGCCCUCCUGGCUAUUGUAUAUAACUUGCUCGGCACCCCAUCGCUCGGCCUCCAUGAUUCCACUGAUCAUCGGUAUGUGGGGGACCCAGGAUCCCGAGAGGGAGCCCAUUACGACCACGGGGUUGGAGAACGGCGAUAUUGGCUUCUAGCGAACAGGAUAGACAAAACAUACUAUGUGAUAUAUUAAUGGAAAGACAAAGUUUUGGACAUACCAUAGUG